GGGCGGGACGGGACAGGACGGGGAGGCGGCGGGUGGGCAGCGCCGUGUCCGGGCUCCGUCCUAGGCGUGUGUGACCGAGGAGGGGCGCGGGGCUCCGAGGGCGAGCGGCACGGAGAGGGGGAGCUCGGCGGCGGGACCCCCGUGAGCGGAGCCUCCCUCGGUGCCCGCAGCGGGCGGUCCCGGGCAGCGGCGGCUCCAGGUCGGGGAGCCGGGCAGAGAGGAGGUUCCGCGCCACCGGCCCCGCGGGUCGCCCCGCGGUCCGGCAGCAUGAACAUCCUGCUGGAGUUCUUCGUGGUGACUUUCCGAGUGCUGUGGGCGUUCGUGCUGGCCGCGGCCAAGUGGCUGGUGCGGCCCAAAGAGAAAAGUGUGGCGGGGCAGGUGUGCCUGAUCACCGGGGCGGGCAGCGGCCUGGGCCGCCUCUUCGCCCUGGAGUUCGCCCGGCGGCGGGCGCUGCUGGUGCUGUGGGACAUCAACACGCAGAGCAACGAGGAGACGGCGGGCAUGGUGCGGCACAUCUACCGGGAGAUGGCCGAGGAGGCGGCCGCCGCCGCCCCCGGAGCUGGAGAUGGAGAGAAAGAUGUGCUGCCCCACUGCAACUUGCAGGUUUACACRUACACCUGUGAUGUGGGCAAAAGAGAGAAUGUCUACUUGACAGCUGAGAGGGUCCGCAAGGAGGUUGGCGAGGUGUCUCUCCUAGUUAACAACGCCGGUGUGGUCUCCGGGCACCAUCUUCUGGAGUGUCCUGAUGAGCUUAUUGAGAGGACCAUGAUGGUUAACUGUCACGCACAUUUCUGGACCACUAAAGCAUUCCUUCCCAAGAUGCUGGAAAUGAACCACGGACACAUUGUGACAGUUGCAAGUUCCUUGGGGUUAUUCAGUACUGCUGGAGUGGAGGAUUAUUGUGCCAGCAAAUUUGGAGCUGUAGGUUUCCAUGAGUCUUUGAGCCAUGAAUUGAAGGCUGCUGAAAAGGAUGGAAUCAAAACUACUUUAGUCUGCCCUUAUCUUGUAGAUACAGGAAUGUUUAGAGGGUGCAGGAUAAGAAAAGAAAUCGAGCCUUUCCUUCCACCCUUGAAACCUGAAUACUGUGUGAAGCAGGCUAUGAGAGCCAUCCUUACAGACCAGCCAAUGAUCUGCACACCUCGCCUCAUGUACAUGGUCACCUUCAUGAAAAGUAUUCUGCCAUUUGAAGCAGUUGUAUGCAUGUACCGAUUUUUGGGAGCAGACAAGUGUAUGUAUCCUUUCAUCGCUCAACGGAAACAGGCUACAAACAACAAUGAAGCAAAAAAUGGAAUUUAACAAUUUUGGAUGGACUAACAUUUAUAGGUGAAUGCAAUAAUGUUACAUGACUGAAUUGCAAAGUGCACUUGCAUCUAACAGAUGCAAAUGUCAACAUCUUACUGUGGCAUUCUCUUGGGUCCUAAACCUGUGUAUUGAACUCUAAAAAUCAAUGGAUUUUUAUAUACUGUAAAUAAAACUGACUAGAAUACUCGGGAAAUGUGAUAGGUGACUCGAAUGAAUUUACAAUGUAGCUGCCACCAUUGUCCUUUAGAAUAUCACUGUAUGUACAGUAAACUAGUCAUACUACUUGUAGGGAUGCACUGUGUGAUAUCUCUUCCUUAGUCUGCCAAGGCUUCUAAGAGCUAUCUCCAACUAGAAGAUGCAAUGUUUCAGAAAUGGUUUGACUUCCCUUAUGUUAUUUAGGAAGGGAGAGAAAUCUUGCAAUUUAAGCUACUGCUCCAUGAUCUUAUAGCAAAUUCAAGGACAGUUUCUGAAUGCAUCUCUUCACUUGUCCACCCAAGUUCUCUAAAGGACACAUGGCCAAAUUGUGAUGUAAUUCUCUUUUGUUGCAACUAUGUGUGUUCUAUUUAAACAAAGAUUAAAAGAAAUUUGUAAAUCUCUGCYGAUUCAAAGGCAAAUGAAUGUCUUACGUACUCUCAGAGCAAACUUGUACUGGGCAUCUGUUUUUUUAGGAAUGCAGUCAGUGGUUUAAUCUGACUUUUUUCAAGUUGACUUAAUUUGAAAAAUGCUCUGUUCCAUUUCCCUCUAUAUGUCAGAGUCCAGUUUACUAUUAUGGACUACAUGUUUCUUUCUUCUUCCUCAUUCUUACUUCUGACAGAGUUCUCCCACCCUCCAAGGAAGAUGUUGUGUUAAAUUCUCUAACUGGACUUGUGCCUAAAAGACAAAGCAACUCAGCUGAGAUACAAACUGUUUAUGUAAGUGCUGGUCAUAUGCCAAUUAUUAGCAAAGGAAAAAUAGAAUAAUGGCUGAUGCAACUCUACAUUCAGAAUAUGAAUGGGUGUAAAGAUUUUCUUUUUGAGUUGUACUUACAUCAUAGAACAGCAGAUGACAUUUUUACAGUAUUUUUUGUAAAGCAAACAAUUUUGUGCCUUGAAUUUGGUAAUCUGUAUUAGUGAAGCAUUGUAAAAGUGAAAUUCUACCUCUGUAUCUUAAUGUAUACCAUCCACUUGUAAACUACUAUCAGAAAAAUUGUGAUUACUUUUUUAGAAUGUCUUGUUAAAUAGUGACCAAUGCCUGUGGUUAUUAAAGUGAGCCACCUUUUCCUUAAAACAGUGACUGGAAUGUUUCUUUAAAGAGUGAACCAACACAAACUACUUGUGCCUGUUCCAUAGCUCUUUGGUGUCAACACAGAUCAAAUAUUUAUGGCUCAACUCCUGUAUCCACUUUGUCAGCUGCAUGGUUUACAGUGUAAUCACUGAAGACUUAUCAGUAGGUACUGUGAMACUGGGCUUCAGACAGCACUGUCAGCUCCUAACUUCUAAAUUCAUUGAUGAAGUAGCUGGUCAAAGAGGCUACGAAGAAUAUUAAUUUUGGUGUUCUGUAGAGCUGCAUUGACGUGUAUGAGAAAAUUAUGUGAUGUGGAUGCAGUUUUAGUGAGUUAAAAAGUAAAUACUGUUUUAGUGCAGCUGUAGUUAUUACUGUGUAUAUACAGA